CGGCCUGGACGCGAGCGAGAAAAAGGGAUUGAGGCUACUUACCGAAGCUAGUGACAGCACUUCGGGCUCUUGUUGCGGGGCAAACCAACGUGGUAGAAAACUAGAGAGAAGGGGAAAGUCUGUGCAAAGAAAUAGUUAGGGUAUCACUGUGAGUUGGGAGCUCAAUAGGAAAAACAGGUUCCCACUUUGAAUCAGGCGUCCGUCGCUCCACUCAUAUAACCGGACGUGCAGGCUGCGCAUGCAGCUGGAUUUUUCGCCCCUAUGGGUGGUCGGAGCUGGGGUCCUGAAUUGAGGAAGGCUCGGGGCAAACAUUUUAAAGGAAGAUCUGGAGAGGGGGUGCACGUGAUGGGCAGGCGGACAGGCAAAAGGGGGUGUCCUUAAACACACAAGAAACCUGCAUUGUUUUGCUUAACAUUCUUGCUUUAAGCAAUGAAAUAACAAGAGGCAUUUUCAUUUUUCAGAAUGGGGUAAGUUGGGAAACAGCAAAAUGAUUGGUGAUUGAGAAGACAGGAAUGGCGUUUUCCACCAAACUGGGCUUGACCUCUGCCCCUGAGGAUCAACGCCCCCCCCCCCCCUCCAUUGUAGGGGUCUUCCAAUCAUUUUCCACCUCCCGACUCUUUCAAUCCUAGGGCAGCUUUACUGAGACCUCCAUUUUCAUUGUGGGAAGGAAAAAUGCAUCCUGAACUAUUCCAAGUGCUUUGGCGCCUCCUGCAAUCUGUUUCUCCAGAUGGGACUCCAGAACCCUUGGUGACUUGCUCUGAUGAAUUUGCUAUGCUCUUCAGGGAAAAAAAUUAUUCAGAUCUGCCAUGAGUUGGAUUCCAUAGCUGCUUCCAUCCCAUCUAGAGAUGUAUCCAGAGCAUCGUCUUCUAGCCGCAUUUUGCUGGAUGAAUUUCAAUAACUGCAGCCCAAGGAUGUGGACAAGGCUCUUUUCAAAAGGAAACAAGCGGGCCUUUUAGCAUCCCCCCUUCUGUCCUUUGGAAGACCCCUGUGCUAUUUGGCUACAAGGAGCAAUCCCAACAGACGUCAGACUCCCGCGAUCCAGUCUCGCCUGUCGGAUGGAUAAAUGGCUGGUGCACUUUUGUAACUGACAGAAUGGCAUUCCAGGUUUCAAAGCCAGUGAUUACUUCCACAAGCUCGAGCUGCUGAUGAAUGAAUAAUCUGUCGAGCUGGCUCAAGGGUUCCAAUUCUGGAGGGAAGCUGGAUGGUGGAAACGGCGCUGGCAUCCAGGCACGAGCCACCUUAGGCUGAUUUUGGAAAGAGGGAACUCUCGGCAGGGCCCUCAAAGUGUGAAGAGGAGCCAAAGAUGCAUCCGGAAUCAGAACCCUUUGGGCUCAGUUACACAAAUGCCCUUCUGGAUCACGGGGCUGCCUAUGAAAUCUGCCUGAGCAACACCUGCACAAGAUGCUUCCUGGAACAUCGCCGGAGCCCCCGGCUUCUCACUAAUGGCUACUACGUCCUCACAGAAGAUAGUUUUCUGCCUGACGAAGAGGGCAACACCAUGCUAAGCCCAGUACAAACGAGCAUUACCUACAAAGAGAAAUUAGUUAGAAUAUUUCGGAGAAGAAAGAAAAUCCGCCGCUCACUUGUUAGCCUGUUCAGUAUUGGUGCCUCUAAUUCGUGGCUGAGCAGCACCAUGAUAGAUGCCCCUCACGGAGAGGAUGCUUGGCUGGAAGUAGACGGUCAGAAAGACACCACACACUUUUAUGACAAUGGUACUGUUGAUAAUACUCUGGGAUGCAGCACUGAAAAAGCAGAAAGGCCUAAUCCUACACCAGCAAAGUCCUCUCCGUCGAAUGACGUGAUCUUCCCAAAAUCAAGAAAAAAGCGGUGUUCCCCUAGCUGCACCUUUCCCCUGGCAGAAAAUGAGCACUUCCACGAAACAUCGUUGGACAGCCCGAAUGCCUUUACAAUAAGAAAAGCCCUCUGCCCAAUGAUCAUGCUGUCCAUGUGUCUGGUCCUUUCUCUCAGUGUGAGAUUCAUUCUGGGAGCACCGCUGGUUGCUCUGCUACCUUGCUUGUUACUGAUCAGCAUUUUCAUGUGUAAGCAAUUCUCCGUCCCUGUCCCCAGCAGCAAUCAUCUAUGGGACGAAUGUCAUCUCCUGGAGACAGGCUGAAACUCGCACCCUGCCGGAGAAACUUGACUAGGCAACCUGGAAGGAGCUGCAAAGGCCCCCUGCUCACCACUCCUGUUCAGAAUCUGAGAGUGAAUCCAGUUGAACAGUCUGCAGUGAGCGAGUGACUGGCCCGCGCUCUGCAGCGACAAGAGCCAAGCCUUACUGGAUGGACAGUGAAGAUAAUACAGACUUAAAGCCCUCUCCUUCCUAUUCGCCAUGUUGGCCCCUUUCAAUGAGCUUUGUUUUCUUAGGAAUGAAGAAAUGUGAACAUGCACGAUUUAUGUUUUGCUGCCUUGCUAUCUAACUUGUAACUGAAUUAUGUUUAAGCUGCAAUUUAAGGCUCUGUAUCUUCAUGUAAUAAACGUGUUUUUGUAUUC